GUUUUUAUCAACCCCCAUCUGAUCAGUUGGUAUGUGGGGGGCAGUGGCUGAAAGGUGCAUAAAUGUGGGCUGGACGGUGGUCAAGGGAGAACCGGGGGAGCAUCCUGGGGGAAGAACCUGGAAGGAGCACCUGGGAACUGGAUCAGAAGUGACCGGGCAGGAUGUGAGACAGACCAGAGAGAAGAGGCCAUGGCUAGAGAAAAGAAACGAGACCACCAUGUUCUUUGUUUAUCGGUAGAAUGAUGAACACUUACUGAACAUUCAGUGGCCAAUGAUGAGUACAAUGGAUAUACGGAAUACAGUAAUGAAAGCUAUAGCUUGGCCUGCUGUUACUUGGAUGCUGGCAGCAUUAUAUUGCAGUUCUAUGAAGAAUCCCAACUCCCCUGCCUGCUCACUAAAUGUGGAAUCUGCGGAAGGCUACCUGCAGGAGGGGGACAUCAUGCUUGGGAUCCUCCUAGAUAUAUUUUCUAUGGGAAACACAAAGCGGGAAACCUUUACAAAACAGCCUAACAAAGAAUUUCUUUCCUUGUUGGGUUCCUCCCUCCAGCAAUAUCGUCACUUUCUGGCUGCCAUUUUUGCCAUUGAGGAAAUCAACAGCAACCAGAACAUUCUGCCUAAUGUGACCUUGGGAUUCCAUAUCCAUGAUUCCUGGGCCAAUGAGAGAAAAGCCACUAGCAGUACAUUUAGUAUGCUGACAGGGAGCAGUGAUUAUGUGCCUAACUACAAGUGCACCCAGAACAGGAUUCCCAGUGCAUUCAUAGGGCACCUACUGUCUUCUGUAUCUAAUGUCAUGUAUCAGAUCACUAGCAUCUAUGGGUUUGCCCAGGUAUGGAAUGUAAAUAAUCUAAAUAACCGUAUGGCUUUCUGCUUCUGGGUAGAUAUAUUAAUUCAUACCUAUCUGUAAAAGGAUAAAAGAAAAAGUACCUGAAAACACCCGUAUUUCCAGGUUUAUCACAUUAAAUCCUACAACAUUA